CUUUGCACACUGAUACAUCCCCUCACCCUUCUUUACCUCCAGUAAUGGCAUCAUCUCCAAAUCGUUCAGCCCUUUCUGAACAUAUAACAUCAGUGCGUCAUGAACCUCGAUCCCCUCUUUUUUAUUCUGACAUUCCGCAAUCAUCGUCAAGAAUGCCACGAAAAAGUUAUUAUAAUGAUGGUCAUUCAAUGGAGUUUGCGAAGAAAUGGGAUCAAGUACGCGAUAGGGAGCGAGAUAGAGGAUUUGAUCGAGAGAGAGAUAGAGAACGUCUGAUGGAAAGAGACCGUGAACGAGAAAGGCAACAUUUGGAAAGAGAGAGGGAAAUUGAAAGAGAUCGAAGAGAAAAAGAAUUAAGAUUAAUUGAAAGAGAAAGAGAUUUCGUACGAGCGCGCGAUCAAACACGUUAUUACGAAAUGGAAAGGGAAUUGCCUCGUAAUCGAACAUCAGGCUAUGAAUACGGUAGAGAAAUAGAUCGCGUUAGGACUCCAUUUUAUAAUAGAGAACAAGAAUUAAGGGAUCGUGAUUUUGUUCGAUAUCGAGAUACUGAAUUGGAUCCAUAUGUUAAUCGUCACUCACCACCAGGUCAUUCAACAUACAGGGAUAACUACAAGCGUUUCAAUGAUUAUUAUUACCAUCCCGCGACAUAUUCAGCUACCCGUCGGUCAGUAUCUCCACGGCCACGUUAUUCUACACGACGUUCGCUUUCUCCAGGUGCCAGACAACCAAUUGCAACUUAUGAACGUCGAUAUGAUCGAGAUCGACCUCCUCGUUUUGAUGCUGCCCGUGGUCAUGAAGUUGAUUCUAGACGUGAUGUUGAUUAUAAUUAUCAUUAUAAUGAUGCGCACAAUCCUGGUUACAAUCAUUAUUCUCCUAUGAUACAUAAUAGUCAGACUCAUGUGAGAUCAUAUGAUGAUAAUGUUAUUGGGACUAGUGCAAGUUCUUUAAAUAAUGAGACUUUCCAGCGAGAUCGUCCAAAGUCAAGACAUUGGGGUGUCAACAAUGAGAAAGAAAGAGAUAUAAAAAAGAUUCAUAGCAACCCAAAUGAUGUGUAUUCUGAUAACUAUGAUCGUUAUAGGCGCGAGAGACGUAAACCGUGGGAUGUUGUUGAAAAAAGUAGAGAAGAUGAAGAUGAGCAAAAUGAAUCUAGCGUUACCACUGCUACUGUUACUAAUAUUCAGGAGCGAGCUCGAGACCGAGAACGAGAUGAAAGACAAAGAAGCUGGGAUGUGAAAGAGGAAAAAACUAGAGAU